CCGAGCGCUUCUACGAUUUCCUCACUAACUUUAAAGAUUAUGAAGAUUAUCUGGACUCGAAAAUCACUCCAACGGAUUUUUUUUAUUUAAAAAUUUACCGGGACCUUCUUUUCAUUUCGGCAUGUUUUUAACAUUCCGUGUCACUCUAAGAGCGAAGUUCACACCAAGUGCUUGGAGGACAGCGACAAGCCGACAAUUGUCGGGGAAAAUUGUCUCUAUAAGGCUAUUAAUGUGUUCCCUCCUAGUUAUUCUCUCGACUUACUGUUCAAAAAGCACUCAUUUGUUGGCGAGUAACUACUAACGCACACUAGAUGGCAGCCACACACAAGUUCAACCAGUCAUUUUGAAUCGAGAAAACCCUUCAUGGGUACUGCAGUUGUCCAUUAUAUGAAAAUUACUGAUUAAAAGCAGAUGGCACACCUGCUAAUGAUAUGUGGAGUUUCUUCAGCAGUCAGUUUGUUUGAACACCUGUGUCCACAAAGAGAAGAGACCAACUCAUAUAUCUGACCUGCUAAUCUGCUGCACUGAAUCCAACUCAGUUCACUGUGUGUUGUGACUCCAGGUCACAGGUCACCUAACCUCUGCAGAAAGGCAGACCUCUGAUAAAUCAGCUUAUUAUAAACCUAUUUGUUCACAUACUGCAGUCUUUAGGUCUUGUCAGAGUUAAUGCUUUAUGCUCAGAGAACUGAAGAAGUUAAGAAGGCAUCUUCUAGAGUCAGAGUAUUAGUCCAGAGCAGGGAGUUGGCCCGCAAGCUGGUGGAGCACAGCCACAAGGGCAUGAUCCUGAGCAGGGAGGAAUUCGAGGAGAGGAAAGCAGCUGCAGAGGCUGCAAAGGCUGAACAGAGCAGCGUUUUCUACAACAGGAGCCGCCCAAUGACACUGGCAAGUGCAGGAAAGGAGCUCAACGAUAACUUCCUGAAGGCCCUGGCAGAGCGAGAAGAGGCCAACCGCAGUGGGAAAAUGACUUCGGUCAUUUUCAUAAGGGAUUAUAAUACUCUUGGACAGGAGGUAUCUGGAUAUAUAGACUACGCCCACAGGCUCAAGACACAAGAUUUUGAACCAUAUUUCUGUGGAAAGAAAAGGCUCAUGCCAGGACCCUCAGAUUUAUGCUACUACAACUGGAAGACACAGACAUCCACCUCCAACUCCAGCCCCAACUUUGAGGUGAUUUAUGAUGACCCAAAUGGACUUCUCUUUAAGAGCAAGAGGGACAAAACAAUGCUGGAUCCUCGGUCCGGGUCCAGCAGGGACUCCAGCGGGACGCUCCUCCAGUCGGACCUCUACGUCCACGUCGUGCUGUACGACCGCAGUGUGAGAACGUUCUGACCUGCUGACGACGACAGAGCCGUACAAUCUGGCGCACAACGCAGAGCGCCCAAAGCCUCUAAUUUAGCUGCAGCAUCAUUUACAAACUCUUUCCCUCAUAUCGUGCAUGCCAUCAGGGUGGAGGUGCCACUGCAACGACUUCAAACAGACAAUUCCCAGAGGAAGACGUGAACAAACUGGAGUGACAGCUGGAGACUUUCUUUAAGCUUAAACUGGAACUUAGAUAUUCUGUUGGGUGCAAAGUCUUCUGUAGGAGCCAGAAUCUGCUUCUCAACCCCAGGCUCGUCCACUGUUGGGGCCAACAUGUUUUGGGCCGUUUGUCUAAACAAAUUAAAGGCGUAAGAGCUUUGAAAGAUGAUGGGGGUAGCUCUUAUGUCCUCCCCCAGGCUGUGGUAGCUCCAAUUGGACUGGAAGAGUGGGUAAUGGGCUUAAAGCAUUCCUUGUGUUCCCAGAUGGAAGGACGCUGCGCCAGACAUCAAAGCUCUCCAUCACUCCCUUAUUAGUCAUUGACUGACAGAUUUUAAUGCACCACAACUCUACAAAUAAUCCCAUUUGGAAACCUGUUUGAAACAUGAAGAAGUUUAAUUUUUGUCAUUAAUACUGAAACAGAUGGUGGGAAUCACACCAGUAAUAUUAUCUCUGGCCAUAAAAUUAUAAUAUAUAACAGGGUUUUUAUGAUUUCUUCUUUCAUGUGUGUUCAGUCUAAAGCUGAAUCUUGGCAAUUCAACUUAGGCAAUGUAUUCUUUUCCAAACUGGGCCCUUGCUUUCUAUUUGUGUUUAUUUCUGAAUACUUUAAGAGAAUAAA